AAGAAGGCCUCCAAUAAGAGACAGAGGGGAGGACAGAAGUCUUGCUCCAAUGUAUUCUCCAUGUUUGAGCAGUCACAGAUACAGGAGUUCAAGGAGGCUUUUGGCUGCAUUGACCAAGACAGAGACGGUGUUAUCAAGAAACAGGACCUAAGGGAGACAUAUGGACAACUGGGAAAGCUUAAUGUCAAUGAUGAGGAGCUGGAUGGCAUGCUGAAUGAAGGGAAGGGUCCCAUUAACUUCACUGUGUUCCUGUCUCUGUUUGGGGAGAAACUCAACGGGACUGACCCUGAAGACACCAUACUUGCUGCCUUCAAGCUGUUUGAUCCUAACGCGACAGGCUUUGUUAAUAAAGACGAGUUUAGGCGAUUACUGAUGAACCAGGCUGAUAAAUUUUCAGCAGAGGAGGUGGAUCAGGCUUUUGCUCUCGCUCCAAUUGACCCAGCCGGCAACAUCGACUACAAGUCGCUCUGCUACAUCAUCACACACGGAGAUGAGAAGGAAGAAUCCUAA